GCAACUUGGUCAGAAGCAUUUCCUUGUGCCGGAUCAAAACUGCCCGUCUAGCUGCUAGGCUCUGCAUCUUGCGGAGGACUCAAGGACGAGGAGCAGGGCACAGCUUUUCUCAGGUGCCGGGGCCCCUUUUCCACCAGGACCAUUCAGAAUGCUUCCCAGGUCUAUAUUUUUGAUGAUUUUACUCAUUUCUCAGGUUGAAGUGAUUGUUGGAGUGGAACUUUACCAAGUGGUCCACGUGAAAAGCCUUCCUCUGAUGCAGAAGCGAGACCUUGACUACACCCAUGAUCAUCAUGACAUACCGGAAGCAUAUGAAGAGGAACUGUUGUAUGAAAUAAAACUAAACAGAAAGACCUUAAUCCUUCACCUUCUAAGAUCAAGGCAGUUCCUAUCCUCAAAUUACAGUGAAACCUUCUACACUGUGAAAAAAGAAAAGCUCAUCCGGCAUCCUCCAAUCACGGACCACUGUUUUUACCAAGGAUCCGUUAUACAUGAAUUUGAUUCUGCAGCCAGUAUCAGCACAUGCAAUGGUCUAAGGGGAUUCUUCAGAGUUCGCGAUCAGAGGUAUCUCAUCGAACCUGUGAAAUUCUCAGAUGAGGGGGAGCAUUUGGUGUUCAAAUACAAUGCCAAGGUGCCGCGUGUUGCCAAUCAUACUUGUGCCGAGUUCAAUUUUACCAAGAAUGCUGUUCCAACGGACGCUCCAUACAAGGGAAACUACAAGCUGGAAAACGUCCAUGAACCAAAGUAUUUGGAGCUGUUCGUUGUUGCAGAUGAUUACGUGUAUCGCAGGAACAGUCACCCUCACUAUAAACUAAGGAACCGAAUUUGGGGAAUGGUCAAUUUUGUCAACAUGAUUUAUAAAACCUUGAAUAUUCAUGUAACAUUGGUGGGCAUUGAAAUAUGGACAGCUGGAGACAACAUAGAAAUAGAUUCAAACAUAGAAACUACCUUAAUGCGUUUUUCUGCUUGGCAAGAAACAAACCUUAAAAAAAGGAGGAAUUUUGAUCAUGUUCUGUUACUAAGUGGGAAAUGGCUCUACACACAUGCGCAAGGGAUUUCUUAUCCAGAGGGUAUGUGCCAGCCCUAUUACUCCUCCAGCAUUGUGAAGGAUCUCUUGCCUGACAUAAACACAGUUGCCAGCAGGAUCGCGCAUCAGCUGGGGCAUAAUCUUGGACUGCAGCAUGACGAGUUCCCAUGUACCUGUUCUUUGGGAAAAUGUGUGAUGGAUACUGGUGGAAGCAUUCCUGCACUAAAAUUCAGUAAAUGCAACCAGAACCAAUACCAGCAAUUCCUGAAGGAUCAUAAUCCAACAUGCAUGCUCAAUAUCCCGUUUCCUGACAAGUCAAGUAAUUUCCCAUUUUGUGGAAACAAGAAGGUGGAUGAGGGAGAAGAGUGUGAUUGUGGCCCUAUUCAGGAGUGCACUAACCCUUGCUGUGACGCACAUAAAUGUGUGCUGAAGCCGGGAUUUACGUGUGCAGAAGGACUGUGCUGUGAAUCUUGUCAGAUGAAAAAGGCGGGAUCCACCUGUAGACCGGCAAGAGAUGAGUGUGAUUAUCCUGAAGUAUGUACUGGCCACUCACCCGAGUGUCCUAGGGACCAAUUCCAGGCCAAUGGCUUUCCUUGCAAGAAUGCCGAAGGCUACUGCUUCAUGGGGAAAUGUCCCACUCACAAUGACCAGUGCUCAGAAAUCUUCAGUAACGGAGCAAAAGAGAGCCACGAUAUCUGCUACAAGAUGAAUAAGAAAGGAAAUAAAUUUGGUUACUGCAAAAACAAGGAGAACAAAUUUGUUCCCUGUAAAGAGAAAGAUGUCAGAUGUGGAAAGAUAUACUGUACCGGGGGACAGAAGUCAUCUCUUCGCGGAGAAGAAAAGACCUAUUACAUGAAGAGUACAAAGCAGAACACCACUGUCAAAUGCAAAACCAUCUUUUUACAACACAGUUCUGAGGAUAUUGGCCUGGUGCAUACAGGAACAAAAUGUGGAGAUGGAAUGGUGUGCAGCAACGGGGAAUGUGUGAACUCUGAGAACGUCUACAACACAACCAGCUGCCCCUCUGAGUGCGAAGAAAAUUCUGUGGAUGGCAAUGAACUUGAAUGCCAGUGUGAGGAAGGACAGAUACUUACGGACUGGGAAGAAACCUUAAACAUUACCAGUGAGCAUCCUAAAAUACAACAUCUCACAUAUAUCAAAAGCCUGCAUAAUAUCACGAUCAUGGUCAUUGUACUUGUCCUGGUUAUUGUCGGUGCUGGAGUGAUCAUGUUAUUUAUUCGUUACCAAAAAUGCAUUAAGUUGAAGCAAGUUCAGAGCCCUCCUGGAGACUCCCGGGGAGUGGAGAACAAAGGAUACUUUGGUGAGGAGCAGCAGAUGAGGACUGAGUCAGUCUUGCCGGAUAUUCACCCCCUGCACCGGAGAACUGCAGAAACCCUGGAGAGCCUCCCAUCCAGUUUCUCAAGUCCCCAUUACAUCACCCUGAAACCUACAAAUAAAGAUCCAAAAGGAGUUGCAGAUCCCAAUCAAAGUGCCAAAGUGACCUUGAAACUUGACAUCCAGAAUGGCUGUACCAGUCUGGGCGGAUCCGGGAUAUAAGAUCUUCACAACCUUCCCUCCAUUUUUGUUACGAGUAUUUCAGUAGGGUUUCAAAUGUUCUUUAUCAAGGCAGAAAACACUUAAGAGAAUUUCUUUCUGUUAAUAUUUACUUGUAGAAUUCACAACCUAUAGCAUAGACGUAUGCUACUGGAAAAAAACAAAAAAAACAAAGAAAAAAAAAAAAAACACCACGUCUAUGGCUUUUCAGAUGCUCUUUA